GCCAGCGCUGGAUCGCGCUCUCGUCGUACGGUUCCUUCCUUUGGGUCGUCGCGGACGAGUUGAUGAUCGUUGAUCAUAAUUUCGGUAGUUUGUUUUUUUUUUCUCUCUGUAAUUGUGCGGUUGGGGGCGGCUGAUUGUUAAGAGGGAUUAGCGCCUCUGAAACGUUUUCGUGAAGGAGUGUCCGCCCUAGACGGAUCCUCAUCCCGGAUGUAAUGAGUGUUAAGUGGAUUUUAGCGGAAGGAUUUCCAAUAAAUCAGUGAAGUGAGUGACAAAACAGAGAAAUAAAAAUCAGAAUUCAAAAAUGUAUCAAGUGAAGUGAAGUUUCGCAAUCGCUAAAAUAUCGUGGAGAACGGAAAAGGAGAAACGAGGAAACAAGGAAGCGAGAAAAUUUCAUUCAACCGCCCAACGGAGAAGGCGUGCUAAGUUGUCGGAGGAGGUCCACGACAACGGACGGACGGACGGUUCCUUUCUUCCUACUGCUGAUUGCUUCAGUUGCAACUUGCCGUGGUCCGUUGCACAGCAACCGUUUUUAGUUUUUUUAGUGAGCCGUACAGCGCCUACUGGGUUUUGAUUCGCGCAGAAAGUCGUUCGAAAAAAAAUCCUCGUGUUGUUGGCUUGAUCGUUCGAAAAAAGAAAAAUCACGGAUUUUAGUCGUCGGAUCCGGGAUUAUUUGGACACACUUAUCCAAUUCGUCGGAUUAGCGAGUGUCAGGUGUGCGGGGGAUGCUGCUGGCUGUAACAACGGUUCUAUCGACUUUCUCCUAGCGAGCUAGAACAGCUGGGUCAGCACAUUUUCUCAAUCUGUUAGUGCAGUGCCCUCUUAUUUCCAUAACCUGUGUGCGAAAAGAAGAAAAAACCCGUUUGUGGUGAGAACUGAGAAGAGAUAUCAAAUAACACUACACACGUGAAUUUGAAAUCAAUCGGGGUGCGCGUUUGUAAGAAAAAAGACGGAGAAGCGAAGAAAAAUAUAGUUGAGACCUAUAGCAACAACAAAAGCAACAUCGCCAGAGCGGAAUUGACAAGACCAGGUGGUAGACGGUAUCCUAACGAUCCCGAAUUACCAGGCCCUUGCAGAGGGAGAGCACCAGUUGAAUAUUGCAGUGAAGCACUGAAAAAUUAAGACUGGAUUAUGAAUUCGACGUGUCCCGGGCGGUAUGAAGUCUGAGGAAACGACUGUACGGUAGUUACGCCAGACUAAAUGCCAUGGAAUCCUCCAGUCAUGGUGGUGGAGGAGGCGUCGGUGCAAUUGGGGGUCACAGUCAAACCCCUGCUCCGUGCUCUCUGACAAUGGCUUCCUCGCCGUCUGUCGUCUCUCCCCUCGUAUACAAAAGCCCGAUGCGUCCAAAGGGCCACUAUCGGUCUUCGUCCCUGGAAAACAACCCCUUCGCAACUGGAAGCGGCAAAUCAUCCCUCAGCUUAGUACAAACUAACUUUACCGGAACGCUCAAGUCUCGACGGGAGCAAAAGCGGAUAUCAGAUUUCCUCAGCAAGCAGAGUCUUCAGAAUGGUGGCAGUGGUGCCAGCACCAGUAACUUCGUGCUGAAUGGAUCCUGUAAGGAGCCGCAGUUGAUGUCUUCCUCGGUCAACGAGAGCACUAUCCGCAAGGCCCAUUUCGAGAACAUUAGAGAAAUCUUCGAAAAGAAUAAUAGCAAAAAUACGCAUAAUAGUCGGGUGUUGACUGGAUCCGGUUCGGCUAUGGCAAAAAUCAACGGGUUAACAACAUCAACACAGUCAAUAAUGUCUUCUUCUUCUUCUAUGGGGCAUGAAACACCGCUGGCUCACCAAAACGGGGUUGAUCUUUCCGUAGAGGACAAGCCACCGAAGAUCCAGUCCUGCAGUGGAAUCCUUGGGAAGGGAAAACAAGUGAUCCGUCCAAUCGCAUUCAAACCAGUUCCUUAUAAAUGUAACACACCAAAUUAUACCAGCAGUGCUGCCGGUACAACUGGAGGCAGUAUCGUUGGAAGCACACCCACAUCCGGCGGACGUCUAACGGAUCUGGGCGAACGAUUCGGAUCAACGCCAUCCCUUGGAGCGCCUCUCAGCAUCCAGUACAAGUUCGGCAGUACGACCGACCUGCACCAUCACCAUCAGCAUUACAGUCACAGCGGGCACCAUAGUCUGAGUCUCCAUGGGUCCAGUGCGAGAGGAGGGAUCAGCACCCCCAAUGCCGUUGCCAGUGGCCCAUCAAGCGGGACCUAUUCGCAGCAUUACGGCUCGCUGCAGAGGAAAAGUUCGGCGAUACCGUUCAAGACCUACGAUAGCUUGGAGUCGAUCCUGAAGCUGCCGGACAGUAUGAUUGCAUCUUACCCCAAUCCCAGUACUAGCCAAUCAGCGAGCCUGUACGCACCGCACGAUCUCCUGGACAUGGCACCGUCCCCGUCGGAUUCCGGCAUCUCCGAACUGGAAGCGGCCCUGCGUGAUCGCGACUCCGAACUGGCCUACCUACGGCAAACAAUGGAGCACAAUGAGCAAGUAAUAUUCAAAGUUCAUCAGGAUAAAGAGAAACACUGGGAGCAGGAGCUUAACCGGCUCAAGUCCAUACACGAAAGUCGGCUCCGAGCUGGAGCACAGAAGGUUCACAAGCUGGAGCAGCUCUUGAUGAUGCAGACCUUCCAGCUGCGGCAGGACAAAAAGCGUCUUCAGGACGACAUCAACCGUCUGCACACGGAGUUUGCUAUGGCCAAGGAACAAGCGGAAAACCAAAAGACAGAAAUUUGCCACCUGAAAUUGGGGGAGAAGGAUCUCAAGGAGCAGAACGCUGACCUGAUGGACGAGAUUCAAAUGCUUCGCCGGGUGGUUAGCGACUUGAAGGAACGACUCGAAGAGAACGAAUGGAGUCUGUGUCAGCGGAAUGGCGAGGUCGCUUUGAUGAAGUCGCAGUUGAAAGACUCUCAGGCGGAAGUAACUACCAAGGAUCAGGAGAUUUUGCAGCUGCGGUCCGAUAUAAAGCUGCAAAACUACGAUGACAUUAGUUUGAAAAAAUCAGAGAUAACAAAGGAACUAGAUUUUGAUCUAGAAAUAUCCCAACUAAACCGCAUCAUCAUCUUCAAAGACCAAAUCAUCGUAGUGAUGAACAAUGAAAUACAAAAGUUACGCAAGGAACUUUCUGACAUUUCGAUCAUGCGAGGCUACGAAGGAGUGCCGCCUGGGCGCUAUUCUCGCUACAAAAAGAAGCUGGAAUACAUGGCACAAAAAUUUGAAGAAUCUACCAUUAAGAGCGAUAGCAACAACAACAACUUCAAAGUUCCGGCCGAGCUCGCCCUAACAGCCGCGAAGCCCAGCGAUCCCAUUGGUUCGGGUCCUGCUAAGAAGUCUGACCUCACGAGCGGAGACAUUAUCCGAAACUACUUCAACAACAAGAUGGAGCUCAACAAAAAGCUUUUCCUCAACACUCAAAUCUGCAACUAUUCAGAUGAGGAUAAAUCCAGCAUUAUCGAAAACUACAACGCCAAACAGUUGCCGGACAUUACGUUGGAUUUGAGCAGCAUUAUCUCACCACCAUCCAAACCUGCAGCCCUUGAACCGCCCAGAGCCUACAAUCCGAGUUCAUCCUCGCCGUCUUCAGAUGACGACUACAAAUCCAUGACGCCGACCCGCGAUCAAGAGGAGGACGAGGACGACGAGGUGGAGCUACGGGCGCUCACCGGAAAGGCGGACCCUGUGGCGCUGAAGGACGCCGCCCCGAACAGCUGUGAUAAGAAGUCGACCAAGGACCUUCAAAUAGCUCAACUGCGUAAGGAGCUGGACCACUGCAGGUCGGAGUUCGAACAGGAACGGCACAAGUGGGCCGACGAGAAGGAGAAAGUGCUGAUCUAUCAGCGCCAGCUGCAGCAGAACUAUGUCGACAUGUGCAAACAGACGGCUGUGCUGGAGGAAAAGCUGAAGGCGCUCGAGAAGCGCCAGUAAACGAAUCUUGCCCCGAGACCCUACUUCGAUAGGGGUCCUAAUAGCUAAUAGCUGUAAGGAUACUUCAGAUUUCAAUCCCCAAGCUAUUCGUAUCCUGUAUAUUGUUUUACAUUAUAUUGCAAAACUAGUUCACUUAAGAAAAUCACCGACUGUAGAACCGUUAACGUCAUCCAAACAGAUUUCUACGCAGAAUUCAUUCCUCUCUCUAAAUAUUUAAUAGUAGUUAAAUUCGGAACGAAAAUUCGUACUAUUUGUAUUUUAAAGUGUUAUUAGAGUGAAUCUAGGAUGAAUUUUUAGUUUGUGUCUACUCCUGCUAUGUAUGUUUAUUAAUAAUAUUUGUCACUAAACUGUUGAA